AGGGGGGACCCACGCCUCGGGAGCGCCCGCGCGCAGCGGCCGCGUCGGCGGCAUGGCGGCCCGCUGGCUGCGAUGCGCCAGAGCGGCGCUGGCCAGGCAGGCGUGGGAAGCAGCGGGUGCUCGCCAGGCGCGGGCGGCCGGGGGUGCUCGCGGAGUGGUGGCCGCACGGCGCAGGCGCAGGCGGUCCUGCGGCGGCUGCCCGACUUCACCAUGUGCGGCGACCCCCUGUUGCGCAUGGGCAGGGGCGUGCCGGACGUGGUGCUCCUGUGCCAGGACGGUGGCGGCAAGAAGUGCCACGCGCACUCGCAGGUCCUUGACCUGCACUGCGCAAGCGUCGCCGCGCGCGUGAAGGCGGCCCGCCAGAGCCCGCACGAGGGCAACGCGGUGAUGCUGCGCCACUCCACGGGCGAGUGCGUCACCCUCGCCUGCCUGCGGGCCCUGCUGGCCGCGAUGUACUGUGGAGUUCUGCCGCCCGUGGACCUUUUCGACCAGGUGGCUGACAUUGCAGCGUUCAGUGGCAUGGACCUGGUCAUGCAGACCCUCAGGCUUCCCCUUCUCUCCCUCAGCCUCCCUCUUCUUGCCCGCCCUUGCCGAGUCGAGAGGGGA